AUUGCUGUGUUCGCUGUUUACUACACUGAGACACCAACCACGACAUGACAACCGUGUCGCCAUUUGCCCGCAGCAGCGCGUUCGACGAGCCCCGCCUUGGCGGGCGCGAACAGACCAUUGAAGAAAUGUACAGCGUCCCUGAGAGCUUCUUAGAAAUUGAAGUUCGCAAUCCUCAAACCCAUGGUUUUGGUAGAAAGAUGUAUACCGACUAUGAGAUCGUGUGCAAGACAAACAUCCCUGCCUUUAAGCUUCGCCAUUCCCUCGUCCGGCGUCGUUAUUCCGACUUCGAGGCGUUCCGUGAUAUUCUGGAACGCGAAUCGACUCGUGUUAACAUCCCCCCACUUCCUGGCAAAGUCUUCACCAAUAGAUUCUCCGAUGAAGUUAUCGAGAGUCGAAGGGAGGGACUGGAACGAUUCUUGAGCAUCGUUGCUGGCCACCCCCUCUUGCAGACGGGUAGUAAGGUUCUAUGCGCGUUUAUGCAGGAUCCGGCCUGGGAGAAGUCUCAGUGGGUGUAACCCACCUACGUCAUACUUGUAAUGAUCACCUCGGAAGGUACCUUAACAUACAUUCUGUACCCCUUCUGCUACACUCUUCUUGUGUAUUUACGCUGUUGUUUUCUGUUGUCUCGCUAUCACUUAUUUUUAGAUCAAGUGUUUUAUCUUCG